CAUGAAUCCUCCUCCUAUCAUGAAACUGGUGGAGGUCAUACGUGGUGCAGACACAUCAGAUGAGACAUUUAAUGCAACAAAAGCCUUGGCUGAGAGGAUGUUCUCAGCAAGGAGAUUAUUGGGUGUGGUACUAAGAGGGGUGGACUGUAUUACUUGGAUGACUUCAGCCCAGGCUGAGCAAAUCACACGCACCAUCAACCCAGUAGUCAAGAACGGCAAAUUUGGCUAUGGCAUAGGCGCUUGGGGCACCCCUCCUUUGGCUACCUCCGGCAUCUACUCCCUGCCUUAUUUUCCAGUUUGCAGGCUAUAGAUUUUAAAUGUGAUACAUGUAUCAAGGCUAAAAGCCAACGAGUUUCUUACCCAAUUAGCUUGAAUAAAACUAAUACUCCUUUUGCCUUGAUACAUUCUGAUGUGUGGGGACCAUCUCCGAUAACUACUACCGUUGGUUACCGUUGGUUUGUAAUUUUUGUUGACGAUUGCACUCAAAUGACAUGGCUUUAUCAGCUGAAAACCAAAGCUGAAGUUUUCACCGUUUUUCAAGCAUUUCAUGCCAUGAUUCAGACUCAAUUCUCUUCCAAGAUAAAAAUUCUUCGUUUUGAUAAUGGUGGCGAAUUCAUCAACCAAAAAUUUCAGGCCUACUUCCAACAGCAUGGUCUCCUCCAUGAAACCUCAUGCUCCCAGACACCACAACAAAAUGGUGUCGCCGAGAGAAAGAAUAGACACAUUCUGGAAACUUCCCGCGCUUUACUCCUUGGAGCAAUGGUGCCGACUUGCAAUUGGGGAGAUGCUGUGGCUACAACCGUUUACUUAAUCAACCGUAUGCCUUCUAAAAUUCUACACUUUAAAACUCCCUUAUAGGUCCUCUCUACUUAUAUAUCCCUACCUUCCAUAUUGAUGCUUCCCCCUAGAAUUUUCUGCUGUGUUGCCUUUGUCCACCUCCACAAGAAUCAACGUACCAAAUUGGACCCUUGUGCUGUUAGGUGCUUAUUUUUGGGAUAUGGUUCACAUAAAAAAGGCUUCCGGUGCUAUGAUCCCACUACCAACCGAACAUAUAUCACCAUCGACGUCACUUUCCUUGAGUCCGAGAAUUUUUAUUCUUCACUGGUACCCAAUUCUUCCCUUCAGGGGGAGACUCAUGGAGAAGAGCCGAAUUGGUUGAUGGCUCCUACGGGUGAGUAUAGAACUGAGAAUAGAGGGGUUGAACUACACGAUGCAUCACCACUAGAAAAUGAACAUGCAGAACAUGCAGAACGUGCAGAACGUGCAGAAUUAAAUGAGAAACCAGGACAUGAAGAGGCCGAAAAUGAACAUGAUGCAGAAUUGAGGAAUGAAGAACCAGAAAAUGAAGGAAAUGAAAAGGCCGAAAAUGGAGAACUGAUAGAUACAGAGUCCUCUCAGUCCCCUCACUCCUCAGUACCCGAAGACUUUACUCCUCCUGAGAACGUCCCUAAGGUACGUACCACCCCUGCACCUUUAUAUGCUAAUACUCUUGAUACUUCUUUUGGUUAUGUGUUGCCUUUUAGACACAAUCGUGGGAAACCACCAACUAGAUACUCUCCAGAUGAGGAAGAAAGAAAGUCCAAGUACCCAAUUGCAAAUUAUGUUUCUACUCAGGGUUUGUCCAAACCUCUCAAGACCUUCACUCAAACACUGUCAUCCUGUCAUAUUCCCAGUAGCGUAGAGGAGGCAUUAUCUAAUCCAAAGUGGGCACAAGCAAUGCAAGAAGAACUAGAAGCCUUAAAGAAAAAUAAUACUUGGAAGUUGGUCCCAUUACCCGAAGGGAAAAAAAUAGUGGGGUGCAAAUGGGUGUUCUCUAUAAAAUACAAGGCUGAUGGAUUGAUUGAUCGAUACAAGGCGAGACUUGUGGCGAAGGGUUUUACUCAAAUGUAUGGCAUAGACUAUUAAGAAACCUUCUCACCAAUAGCCAAACUGAAUACUAUUAGAGUCUUAUUGUCUCUUGCAGCAAAUUUGGACUGGCCACUACAUCAACUCGACGUAAAGAAUGCUUUCCUUCAUGGCGACAUUGAAGAAGAGGUGUACAUGGACAUUCUACCGGGAUAUACAAGCUCUACUAAGACCAAAAUUGUUUGUAAACUGGAGAGGGCAUUGUAUGGACUAAAAUAGUCACCGCGAGCGUGGUUUGGUCGGUUUAGUUCAGCUAUGAGGAAGUGUGGCUGUCACCAAAGUAACUCUGACCAUACUCUCUUCUUGAAACACAGACAAGGCAAGGUGACAACGUUAAUAGUCUAUGUGGACGAUAUGAUAAUUAUGGGGGAUGAUGCCAAAGAGAUCUCGAGACUACAAGAACAAUUAUAUAUUGAAUUUGAAAUGAAGAACUUGGGACGACUUAAAUAUUUUUUGGGAAUAGAGGCGGCGAGGUCAGAAAGGGGCAUAUUUCUAUCUCAACGGAAACAUAUACUAGACUUAUUGACUGAAGUGGGAUUACUAGAGUGUAGACCCGUGGAUAUGCCGAUUGUGCAAAACCAUAAGCUUGGGGAAAACUCGGACCAGACACCAGCCGACAAGGUGAGGUAUCAAAGAUUAGUGGGAAAGCUUAUCUACUUAUCUCACACUCGUCCAGACAUUGCUUACGCCGUAAGUGUGGUAAGCCAAUUUAUGCAUAGUCUGAGUGAAGACCAUAUGGAUGCUGUAAUUCGAAUCCUCUGCUAUCUAGAGUCAUCACUAGGAAAAGGACUAAUGUUCUCUAAGAAUGAUCAUCUGAAUAUUGAAGGGUACACGGAUGCGGAUUGGGCAGGGAAUAUUUUUGAUAGAAAGUCUACCUCAGGCUACUUUACAUUCGUGGGAGGAAACUUAGUUACAUGGAGGAGUAAAAAGCAGAAGGUAGUGGCAUUGUCCAGUGCUGAAGCUGAGUUCUGAGGCAUGGCAAAAUGAUUGUGUGAACUUCUUUGGCUUAGAAGUCUGCUAACAGAGGUUGGUUUUCCUCCUGGUUCUGCAAUGAAUUUAUUCUGUGAUAACAAGGCUGCCAUCGACAUAUCUCACAACCCAAUUCAACACGAUCACACCAAGCAUGUGGAGGUGGAUCGACAUUUCAUCAAACAGAACCUGGAAGAGAAGGUUAUUCAGUUCCCUUUCGUUAAAUCUGAAGAUCAGUUGGCGGACAUUCUUACUAAGGCAGUUUCUAGUAGAAGCUUCUAUGAAUCACUUGACAAGUUGGGUGUUAGAGAUAUCUACGCACCAACUUGAGAGGGAGUGUAGGCACGAGUCAUGUAAUGUAGGUUUGAGUCAUGUAAUUAGCCAGCUAUGGUUAUCUUAGAUUUAGGAAUCCCUUUGCUUAAGGGUCAAACAUGAUUUUAGCCAUAGGUGUUGUACAGACGUAAAUAGCUUCUUGUAUUUGCUAUAUCUUGUAUUCUAUUUUUACGGAAUAAGUGAAGAAAGUGUUA